UUUGCUUUGGACCAUCAUCAUGUCAGUUGUAUUACCAGGAUGUCUGUCUGCACCACUCGCGCUUGUUAAUGAAUGCCCUUGGUUGUCCACGUUCCUGUUGUUGGUUGGCGCCUUGACGUUCACGCGUUUUGCAAUCAAGACCGUUUUGGUAUUCGCUCAGACAUUCAUUCUUCCUGGAAAAAACCUUAAGCAAUUCGCUGCUAAGAAGGGUUCUUGGGCAGUCAUCACUGGAGCAUCUGAUGGUAUUGGCCGGGAGUUUGCAUUGCAGCUCGCUCGAAAGGGCUUCAACAUUCUUCUGGUCGCGCGGAAUAAUGUCAUGCUUACUGCUGUCGCAGAGGAGAUUGCUAGCAAAUGUAGUCCUUCGGUGGAGACUAAGAUUCAGUUAAUUGACUUCUCCAAAAAGGAUGAAGCUGCAUAUGAGGGUCUGAAAUCUACUAUGGCAGAGUUGGAUAUUGGCAUUUUGAUCAACUGUGUGGGCAAAUCACAUACCAUGCCGACUUACUUUGUCGAAAUACCCACCCAAGACAUAGAGGAUAUCGUGGCGAUUAACAUCAACGCAACUAUGCGCGUCACGUCCCUAGUCCUUCCUGGUAUGAUACAACGAAAACGUGGUUUGAUCCUGAACUUGGGGUCAUUUGCUGGCUCUAUCCCGUCACCUAUGCUUGCGCCCUACUCUGCCACCAAAUCCUUCGUAUCCACAUUUAGCAGCGCUCUUCAAGAGGAAGUCAAGUCUCAUAAUAUUAUUGUUCACCAUCUCAACACAUACUUUGUUGUGUCCAAAAUGUCCAAUAUCCGCAGAGCAUCCUUAUUUGUUCCGCUUCCCGCUGACUACGUUCGAGCUGCAUUGUCCAAGAUUUCUCUUUCUUGCGGAGCAGCCCAUACGAACCGACCUGGGACAUUGACGCCUUACUGGAGCCAUGCGGUUCUUGAUUAUCUGAUUCAUGUCGUUGGAAUCAAGAGCCUCUUCAUCGGCUAUACACAUGGGCUACAUAAAUCCAUCCGGAAACGCGCACUACGUAAACUGGAGAGAGAAUCCAAGAAGCAGUAGCGAGAAUUGGCAAUUUAAUCGCUCGGAAAUGCAUUCUCAGGCUCGGUGAUGGCGUGGAUUUGUACAUGAAAAGAAUGCCUUAAUAGCUGUCUUGUUCUCGGCGUGUGUGCAGACAUUUAUAGUGUUCACAUUGUUGCAUUGCUUGUUUCAUGAGCUGGUAUUGUGCUUGUAUAGGCGUGU